UAGGGACUAGGCUCAAGCUGUCCAGUCCUCUGCAGCGCCCAAUGAGAGAUGGCAAGUGAUCAGGAAGGGAAUGUGUAGGUGAGCCAUUGUUUCCCCUUUGCUGAUGUGUUAUUUCUAGACAGUCCCACUGAGAUGAGAUGUUCUUGCUGCAGUACCCAAAGAGGGAGGGAAAGUGAGCCGGUGUUGCGGGAAGGAGAGACAAGAUGUCGCUUAACUUGGAUGGAGAAGGUUUCUUUUUGGAAGAAAAUAAAUUCAAGCAGUAUUGUGCAGAAUUUAUCAAGCACUCAGAACAAAUUGGAGACAAUUGGCAGUGGAGAAAUGUAAAGGAUUCUACUGAUGGUUAUAUGAGUAAAAUAUACUUUCAACGAAAAGGCAGAGGCAUGUCUUCUGAAAUAGGGGAGAUAGAGAAUGAUGAUGUAACAUUUACACAUAUUGAGAUGGAAGGCCUUUACCUCUGGAUGAAGUAUGGAAAGGGGUGCAUGAAUGCUACAGGGAUCGCCUCUGGCAGGGGCCCUGGGACACCAUUACACAACAGGUGUCAACGCACACAGCAUGAAUCCAGGGACUUGCCCGUACUACGUCUUCUACUACCAGGGAAUAUAAAGAUUGUCUCCAGCUUAGUGGUGCAGGAGCAGCUUUGCUGUGCCCAAGCUUUCUUCAACUUUGGACAUGCAUUGAAGUCUAUCCCUGUCCAAAAUGUGACUCUGAGCUCCAACCUUGGCUUUAGCCAUGGGACUGGAUGAUACCAUAUUCCUGACAGUGAAGGAUGGGCUUGUUCCCUAAUGUCAUUCAUCCCAUGAAGACCUGGAUCAAAGAAUAUUUGGCCAGGGACAUUUGACCUUCCGCCUCAAAAGUGUUCCCCACCCCUGCUAUAAAGCUAUGUCAUUUUCUUUGUAUACAUGUUACACUGAAAAAUAUAUAUCACUUUAAUGAAAUAGCAAUUGACAUGUAUCUUCUGGAAACUGAGUUAAACUUUCAUUAAUAUAUAUAUGAUCUGCUGCUGUACCUAGUUUAUAUUGUUAAUGAGGCUGGAAGGGGCUUAGGAAGCUUGUUAGAUGGGGCAUUUAUGGUAUAUUUAAAGUUGUAUGUGGAGUGGAAAGGGGGUUGGUCUCUGUGUUAUGCAUUGUCAUUUGUUUCUGUUGCUCCAGGUCCCAACUAACUGGAUGUAGUUCAGAGCCUACGUUUCCCUUCUACAGGGUUAUAAUGCUCUUUAUUUUUACAUUUGUUUUUAUGCAGGGGGUACUGAGGUGUAAAAAUAUGGAGCAUGGAAAAAACUCAGUUACAGCAGUGCAGUAAAACAAGGGGUGGGAGAAAGAUUUGAAUCAGAGAUCUACAUCAGGUUCAUAGGAAUUCCAUGCUGAUAACAUUUUGCAAGGGCUAUUGGAGAAUUAAUCUUGUUCCAUUUGCCUUGUCUACAAAAGGAUACACUAUAACAAAUGGAACAGUCUUUAAGGUGCUGCAAAGGUGCUCUGUGCUUUUGCUACAACAGACCAAUACGAUGACUGCUCUUCUGGAAAUUCUUGAAAAUGAUGGUACACUAAAAAUAAAAGUUCUAUGUGCAUGUGCACAGAGAGAGAGAGAGGCACCAAAAAUAGUUCUGGCUCAGUUGGUUUCUGUUGCUGAACAAAUGCUUUAUCGCAAAGCUGCUGGCAAUUUGUCAUUGUGUGUGUGCGCGCACGCGCAUGCAUUCAUGAGAGAGAGAGAGUUGAGGGAAGUGAGUGAAAGGCCUUCCUGUUUCUAUGGCAGCUACUAGUAUAUUCAGCUUCACUUAAUCCAGUAAUAUUAUUAGGUGAAGCAAUGUGUAGAAUUGAAUGUUUCAAGUCAUGCCUUACUUUUCUAGGCACAGCAGUCUCUGCUGGCAGUGCACCUCUAUUUUAAUCAUACAGUCAAGUGCAGAGCAUCUUCCUAAACAUUGGGGAUGGACGGGUGCUUGUUUUGCAUGAUCAAAAUCUCAGGAUCAACUCCCAGCAAUUCCAGUUAAAAGAAGCUCAGGUAGCAGGGCUGGAAAAGAUUUCAGUGCUGCCAGUUAGAAUAAUUAUGGGGCUGCUUGUGGUCUAACUCAGUUAUAAGAUAGCUUCAUAUUUUCAUUAUAUUCAUUUAAAAGGCAGGAUUGUGGCUUAAAAUAAUCUUCAUGGUUAGUCCUUUACUUUAUAAUAAUUGUAUUUAUAUUUUUCCCAGAGAAAGUGUUCUAGUUGUUGUUCACUAUCCUUAUGAAGUUUGGUAUAGAAAGAAUAUGUCACCUUUUCGUAUUGAGGAUUCAGUUCUUGCAUACCAAAACAACUCUGCUUCAAACCCUCAGUAAACAUGUACCAGAGAUCAAAACAGUAAGCAUGCUGAGUUCUGUUGCUAGAUGCUCUUGAUUGAAAAGAGGAGCAGAAAUUUGUUAGCAAGGUAAAAUUGUAAUUAAGAAUAUGCUUGUGAAGAGCAUAACAUACAUUUUCUUACACUGCAUUUGACCAAUUUUCACUGCAGAUUUAAUACUGCUGUUACAUUUUCUUUGAUGACUCAAGUAAUAGGAGUUGCUGUAUUACUUUUAGAACACGAAUGGUUGACUUAGGCUGUGGAUGAAAAUGCUUCAUUUUUUUAUAAUAAACAAUAGCCCAGUCUAACUUCUGAGAAGUGAGGCUGUUGCUUUCUGCUCAUGGUGAUCCUGCUACCUUAACACAGAGAAGCUUUAUUAAUAGUGCCUUUUUAUCUAUAGUAACUUGUUUGGAAGUGUUUUUUGAAAUAGGAAUGCACAAACAAAAAUGAUCUUUGUUGGGCUGUUGCAGUCUUAUCUUCUUCAACAAUUGUUUUGAAGUCAACAUGGUAGUACUGACUUUUAUCUCAUCACUGCCUCAAAUCUAUAACUGUUUGAAUCUCUACAAGGCAUAAACAUCCCACUGCUUUUUUAAAAUCCUAGUUGAAUGCAGUUUCUUAAGCAUACAUCUUACCUGGCUUAGGUAUGUUUUGGGCUGGUGAAUCUUUGGGAGUUUAUUCAGAGAUGGUCAGAUGGAUUUUGAUAAUCAUCUAGUCCAUCAUUUAUGAAUCUGCUGAUUUUCAGCCUGAACUAGCUUUGUGCCUAUUUGGAUGACAGGUCCAGUAUACUCUUAAAAUCCAAGGUGUCAUAUUGUCUUAGUUGUUUGCUAAAACCAAAGUCUUCAACUAUUGCAGACCCAGGACAGCAUCCAAGCCUACCACUCUGCUCAUGCCAUUGCUGUAACACUUGCAUCAGUAGUAAUACCAAGUGCAACACCAUUAGUUUUAUGCUGGGAUGAUAGGUAUUCUGGGGAAGCCCAUUGUACCAGCAUGUAGCCUUAAUACACUUGGACCUUCAACAUUUGAGAACUGCUGCUAAUAAAACUUGUUCCUCAUUAUUUCACCCUGAAAGAACUGCUAUAAUGCUGGAAUUACUGUAGACUCAUAUCUGUACACAUUAACUCUCCCAGACUAGAGAAGAAUAUUUACUCUUGCCUGCUUUAAUGUGCUACUGUCAGCCCUAUUAAAAGGAUGAUUGCACAAGA